CCCUAGCGCCGCACCCGCACACUCCCGCCGCCGACGCCGCCCAGCUGCAGGAAGGAGGAGCAGCAGCAGGAGGAAGAAGAAAAUGCCGGCGGGGCACGGGCUGCGGUCGCGGACCCGCGACCUGUUCGCGCGGCCGUUCCGCAAGAAGGGGUACAUCCCGCUCACGACCUACCUCCGCACCUACAAGAUCGGCGACUACGUCGACGUCAAGGUGAACGGCGCCGUGCACAAGGGCAUGCCGCACAAGUUCUACCACGGCCGCACCGGCCGCGUCUGGAACGUCACCAAGCGCGCCAUCGGCGUCGAGAUCAACAAGCAGGUUAAUGGCCGCAUCAUCAGCAAGCGGAUCCAUGUCCGCGUGGAGCAUGUGCAGCCGUCCCGUUGCACAGAGGAGUUCCGCCUGCGGAAAGCCAAGAACGACCAGCUCAAGGCAGAUGCUAAGGCCCGUGGUGAGGUGAUCAGCACCAAGAGGCAGCCUGUGGGUCCUAAGCCUGGUUUCAUGGUCGAGGGUGCUAUGCUCGAGACUGUCACUCCUAUUCCUUAUGACGUGGUCAAUGAUCUCAAGGGUGGUUACUAGGAAUAAUGCUUGUAUCUUGAGCAGUUCAAGUGAUUUAGCAUCAAUGCUUAUCUGAAUCUUUUUGGUACUGGCUAGUUCUUUUUUGUUCUCUGGUGUUUUGAAACCUAUGUGGUUAUUACUGGUUAACAUUAAAGAUUUUGCUAUGGUUGAUUGCAUCCUGAUAUAACCCUUAUGCCCUGA